ACAUUGCGGCGGCACUGCUGUAGCGGCAGACAUCCGAUCCGAAUUCCCACCUCUUUCAAAUUGACUCACCAAAUUGUUGAAGGCCGUUGGCCCGUUCGUCACUUGUCGACGUGUCGUAUCCUCUGAUUCAUUAAUGUUAGUUAACUCAAGAGUCUUACAUCCGACCUGCAAAAUGACUUGGAGUCUUGCUUGCGGCCCGAAGGCGCUAGAAGUACGCUUCGAACAACGCGGCAGCAUUGAUGAUAUAAACGAGAGUAUACAACUCCAUCGUGACGCCGUUUCUCUGUGCCCUGAGGGACAUCCCGAUCGUGGUACCUACUUGAGAAGCUUGGCUGUGGCACUCAGCGACUGCCCCUUCAAUCACGAAGGAAAAUCUCAUGACAUCGAUGAAGCCAUCUCUUUGCACGAAGAAGCGCUGCUCCUUCACCCUGUUGGACAUGAAUCUCGUGAUAGAGCACUGAGCAGCCUAGGACGUGCCAUCCUCUACCGCUUCCAACAAUGCAGUGGUAUCAGUGAUAUUAAUGAUGUCAGCAGGGCAAUCAACCUCCAUCGUGAAACACUAAUGUUGCGACCACUUGGACAUCCACGACGGGACACCACACUCAAUGACAUUGCCUGCGCGCUCGUCGUUAGAUAUCGUAGUGUGCAUACCGGCGAUGAUCUUGACGAGGCCAUCGGGCUGUUCCGUGAGUCCCUUCUUUUACCGGAGCCAGAGCGCCGUAGAACUCGCAGUUUGAGCUUGGCGCUCUGCUGUCGUUUCAAGCAAACUCAGGUCAAAAAAGAUAUCGAGGAGGCCAUUCAUCUUUGCCAACGAUCAUUGAAUGCUUUACCUUCACUGCAUCCCGAAAAAUGUCUCAGCUAUAUGCAGCUGCAGACGGCUUAUCUUUGUCGCUACCAUGUUCUAUGCAAUGCUGCUGAUCUGUCACUCGCAGUGGAUAACUUUGGUCUGGCAUCAAGGCAUCCAACGCAAGGCUUUCCACAGCGCAUUCAAGCAGCUCCGAGCUGGGUUGUUACAGCCGAGAAUUAUUGUCAUGAAUCUGCGCUCGAGGCCUAUGCAAUGUGUUUCGAGCUUCUUGAUGGUCAUUUGGCAACACGAUCAACUACUAUAUCACGUCGCGAAGCUGCCGCUGCCUUUUAUUAUACCAGGUCACUACCUGCAGAUGCGGCAUCGUGUGCCGGCCGUGGCCAACAGUGGUCGCUGGCCUCCCGACUCAGGACUCCGCUUGAGGACCUCAACUCCACGAAUUCCCUCAUAGCCCAAGAAUUCUUGAAGCUUAGCAAUCGCUUGUCCGACGUUCAAGGUUUUACAGGCAGUACAGACCAAGCUACAGUAGAUGGGGCAGAGAAGGAGUACAGGACGCUUACGAAGCAGUGGAAUGCUGUCGUAGCUGAAAUCCGUAACCUUCGGGGUUUCUCGCGAUUCCUGCUCUCCCCCUCGUACAAGGAACUACAAGUGGCAGCACGCCGGGGCCCAGUCAUCAUUCUUAUUGCGAGUAAAUACUUGUGCAGUGCCGUUAUUGUCCCUACGGCAGGAGAGCUCCAUCAUGUCGCCUUCCCGGGGCUCGCUCUUGCAGAUCUGGAGAAGCUCAAAGAUGACUUCGUCAAGGCGAUACGCCACGCGGCUGGUAUGCGCCAAGAAGAUCCGAGGAAGGACUUGCGAGUUUUGCUGCGUGCUGUAUGGAAAGAGAUUAUGCUACCCAUUGUUAACAUCCUCCGAGAUGUCCUGAAAUUGCAGAAACGGUCUCGAAUAUGGUUGUGUCCAACAGCAGCCUUUACUGGUAUCCCUCUCCAUGCAGCUCACCCUUUUCGGAUGAACGCAAACCCCCCCGAACCGGAGGAAUGUCUGGAAGAUAUCUAUAUCUGCUCUUACACGCCGACACUUUCGGCUUUGAUCAGAGCAAGACGGAGGAUGAAGACGCGCGCGGCGCCAACUUUCGUGGCCAUCGGACAAAGUCAACCAGGCGCAGGGCAGGGCACGGUGCUUGCCACUAUUGACAGCGAGCUUGACGAAGUCCAUAAACGUGUUCCCCCCAAUGUCAAGUUCACCAAUCUUUCUGGCGACGAAGCCACACAGGCAGGUGCACUCGAAGCUUUGCGAUGCAACACCUGGGUGCAUCUCGCAUGUCAUGGCAAACAGGACCAUGAUCAGCCUUACAAUUCACGUUUCGCCAUGAGAGACAAACCUCUCACACUGCUUGAUAUCAUGGAGAACAACUCUCCACAAGCUGAGUUUGCAUUCUUAUCAGCGUGUCAUACCGCCGCUGGUGAUAAGGAGACGCCCGACGAGGUCAUCCACCUUGCAGCUGGUCUGCAUUUUUCAGGUUUCAAAAGUGUGAUUGGCACGCUGUGGGCGGUUGACGACGCUGUCGCAAAACACGUCGUCAAAGCUUUCUACGAGAAGAUGUUCGAGCAUUCGAAGGAGGGCGUCAUGGACUGUACAAAGGCAGCCUUGGCUCUAAACUAUGCUACGGCUGCCGUGAAGAAGCAGCAAGUGCCGCUCGAGCAGAGAAUUGUUUUCAUUCAUAUCGGUGUGUAGAUCUAUUUGAUAUUGCUUUCGAACAUCCUAGCUGUCUAGUACAGUACUACAAGUCGUUAGGUUCUCUAUCAUCUGUCGGUGUAUCUGUUAAUUCCUCCCCAUUGACCGGAUCCCAAAAUAAAUUGCAUGAGCGCCG